AAAGAUAUCGUCUCAAUUGCCAACAUUGACACCCUCAAGACUGCUCCCGACAGAACGUGAUCUCACUAUCUUCUCCCAACCAUCAACAAGAAACUCUGUAACUACAACAUUCAUUAUCUCUAUUGAGGACUUUCCUCGCGCCGGAAACAACAGUUGAGAGCUUAUCGAUCUUAUCACUAUCACGACAAAAUGGCUGCUCCACCCAAGCGCCCUCUUCCCCUACAGCGUGUUUCCUACACUGCAUCUCUCAAUGCUGGAAAGACUCCAAAGAAGGUAGAUCUCAGCGAAAGCCGACCACUUCCGGUUCAUCGUCUGAGCGGAAGGGUUGCUAUCAUUGUAGGAGGUGGAAACGACAUUGGCAUCGAGACAGCAAAGAGAAUGCUCCGAGAAGGUGCCAAGGUCAGCCUGGUGGACGACGACGUGGAGGGUUUGGAAUCCGCAGUAUCAGCACUGAAAUCGGUCCUGGGAACUGGCGAACCCGUGACCUCAAGGAUCCUUACGAUAGUCGCCGACGUCAGCUCUGAGGCAGAUGUCGAGUCUUACAUCAAGAGAACCGUUCAGACCUUCAGCAAACUCGACACGUGCUUUUUGAAUUAUGGCGUCAACAUUCCAUCAACCGGUAUCUUUGACAUCCAAGAGGAGGAUUACGAGAGACUGAUGCAGAUGAAUGUUAAGUCUGCUUUCCUGGGCGUCAAGCAUGCUGCAACAGCAAUGAGAGCAGCUGGAAAUGGAGGUUCCAUUAUCCUCACCUCAUCGGUUGCUGGUCUUCAUGGCGAACCCAACUUCUCUCUUUACGCAGCCUCGAAAUUCGCACUUCGGGGUCUUGCACUCAGCGCUGCAGAAGAGCUAGGACAGUACAGCAUCCGCGUCAACACCAUCCACCCAAGUGACAUCGACACUCUCAUGAAGAGGAAUCCAUCGAGCCCAGACGAGAUCGCAGAGCUCAAGGAAGCAACGCCCCUUGGACGACUGGCGAAGGUCGAUGACAUCGCUAGCGUUGUCGCUUUCCUCGCCAGCGAAGAUUCGAAAUUCAUGACCGGCAGUUCAUUGAAGAUUGACGGUGGUCGUGUCGGAAUAUGAUGAGAGUUUUCAUUUCUCCGUUCACAGUUUGCAUCAUUUAUUCAUCCAGCCUCAACAAAGGCUAUUUAGCGGUCAAUUUCUUCCUUCUUACAAGAUUCACGAUGAGAAGUGCACAGGAUACGAGAGCCUCCUUUGUUUCUCCGUCGAGAAUCGCCGGCGGGCCGGAAUUGUGUCGAUCGUAGGAUAUCGACAGGAUACGCGAUCUCAACUAGUGGGAGUACGAGGUGCGCAACUAUGACGUAUGUUGUCGAUAGACCUUACGUUUACGUACGAAAACGCGCGCGACAUCUCCACUGAAUGGGAUGAUCAUCAUUAAUUGGGUUAUUAGCAUUUGUA